UUCAGUUUCUUCCCUCUGGAAUUCCUUGCGACUAGUAUUCCUCGCACCACUGCAAUGAGAAGCCUUACAUUGAGGGGCCAAAGGGCUUCAAAACCUGAAGCGCUAAUCUGCCAAUUAUGCCAGCUGUCUGUAUCACCAACGCCUCGUCAUUACCUUCAAUCCUCCCGAUCCUAUGUGUCCCCCCCCCGAGUCAGCCGCAAGUCCAACCUCGGACAACUCCCUUCGAAAAAGGCAUUGAAAACACCUUGGACAAAUUCUUGGAUUGCUACAAGGCGAUAUGCAUCUCAUGCGACUGAGCCGACGACUUCUGUGGACCUCAGCGCCGCCCUGAAUGAGAUUUCAGAAGCCGCCAAUGAGCUCCGAAACUCACAAACGGUGCCCUCCAACGAUGCAGUUGUGCAAGUUUUACAGAGAUGCCUUGCUAUUGCAGAGGUGAUUUCACAGCCAGAGUAUAGCACCGCCAAGAACUCCUCGACAUCCAGGGUGGAGGAUAACGAAAUCUCCUCUCUUCUAAACCUCGAGGAGAAGAACAGCACUGGCAAACCGCCAAAACGCCCACGAAAUGUGCAACAACAGCAACCGUCAGCCGAUGCUCUCUGUCGGAUCAUCCACGACCUCCUAACAGACGAGAAGAUCUUCCUAUCACCCGAGGCACUAUCCGGCUAUGUUAAGAUCCACACACUGCUCAAACGACCCGACCGAUUUCCGGAAAUCUUCCACCUAUACGCCAAUAAGCCCAUUCCGGAAGAGAACAGCUCUCCCAUUAAAUACCUCCCCGCAAGCCCCAAGAGCAUCAACAGUGCCGUGCCAUCCGAAAUAGCCAACAUGGCCCUGGAUGUCGCCAUCGAACAGCGGAACCUCGCGCUUGUCCUUGCCAUUAUCGACAAUACAUUCUGCACCCCGGCGUUUCUACGAGCCAAGUUCUUCAAGAAGGCUGCUAUCCCUCUGGGGGGUCUUGCGGCAACCCCGGCCGCAUGUUAUGUUGCGGCAUCUUGGGCCGCGACUUUGCAAAAUACCAUGGACCCCGGCACUGCGACUGCGAUCGCGUUCGCUGCGACCAUGGCGUAUGUUGGGGGCACAUCAUCCGUGGGUCUUUUGGCUAUUAUUACGGCAAACGAUCACAUGGAGCGGGUCGUAUGGCUUCCUGGAGUUCCUUUGCGGCAUCGUUGGCUCCACGAGGAAGAGCGGGCUGCUUUGGAUAGGGUUGCGCUUGCUUGGGGGUUCAAGGAUGUUAACAUGCGGGGCGAGGAAGAAGGAGAAGAAUGGGAGAACCUGCGAGAGUUUAUUGGUAUGCGAGGUAUGGUUUUGGACAAGACGGAUCUAAUGGAGGGAAUGCAGUAGGCGAUCUUGUAUUCUAGAGUAUCUCUCCGUGUACACUAUUAUAUAUUAUUCUUGUUCACAGUGAUAUCCUGUAUAUAAAACGUCACUCGAGUAGAGAUCGGAUUUACUUGGGUACUGACACUGAUUUUCCAAGUCUGUCUACAAAAGAGAAUCAAGAUUGAGAACACUAAUUCGUGGUCACA